AAACAAAUAUUAUUCAACAUGUGUUGGAGGGUUAAAAUUUUUUAUAAUCUUCAUAAAAAUUAUUUAAAUCAAAAAAACAAUAAAAAAUUGUUAAAAAUAAUAAACAGCUGUUAUACAAGUCAUGAAUAUACAACACGUGGACACCAGAAUAAUUUUACAGAAAAUAAAAGUAAAUAUUUACAAUAUUCUUGGAAAGCCGGGUUGAUUUCUUCACUAAUAGGUGUUUCUUAUUAUUUAUGGAAAAAUGAAGUCUAUGCAUUAGAUUUAAUAACUUUAAAAGAAACUCCAGGGGUAAAAAAAAGUCAUUUAAAAACGUACACUGUAGAAGAAGUAGGAAAGCAUGACAAUGAAAAUGACGGAAUUUGGGUUUAUUAUAAAGAAGGUGUUUAUGAUAUUACUAAAUUCGUAUUGAAACAUCCUGGAGGUCCAGAAAAAAUAAUGAUGGCAGCUGGAGGGUCCAUCGAACCUUUUUGGAUGAUAUUUGCAAAUCACAAUGUGUCAGAAAUUUAUCAGCUGUUGGAAUCUAUGAGGAUUGGUAAUUUAGAUAUUAGUAAAGACAGUAAAAAGAUUGAAGCUACAGAAGAUCCAUAUGCGAAUGAUCCUAAGCGGCAUAAAGUACUGAAAGUUAAUGGUCCGAAACCUUUUUGCGGUGAAACUCCGGGUCCUUUACUCUGUGAAAGCUUCUUGACACCAGCAGACACUUUUUAUGUGAGAAAUCAUUUACCAGUACCUGAAAUCGAUAUUAAAGACUACGAACUGGAAAUAGCAAUUGAAGAUGACACAAAAAAAGUUAUAAAUUUUGAAAAUAUUAAAAAAUAUCCGAAAUAUACUAUAACGACAGCAAUUAUGUGCAAUGCAUCCUGGUCUGGAGCAAGACUGACUGACGUUCUAGCAGACCUAAAAAUUAAUGAAGACGACUGGAAGCACGUCCAGUUUGAAGGAUACGACUUGGACCCAUCUGGAGUUCCUUACGGUGGUUCUAUUCCAAUCAGCAGAGCACUGGACCCCAGAGCUGAUAUUAUAUUAGCUUAUGAAAUGAAUGGCGAACCGAUUCCUCGAGACCACGGCUAUCCUAUUCGCGCAAUUGUUCCUGGUGUUGUUGGCGCUAGAAAUGUUAAAUGGCUAGCAAAAAUAGUUAUUUCUAAUGAAGAAAGCCGGUCUCAAUUUCAACGAGGGGAUUACAAAGGAUUUUCUCCUAGUGUUGAUUGGGACACGGUGGAUUUUUCAAAGUCACCUGCUAUUUUAGACAUGCCUGUUACUUCUGCUAUUUGUACACCUACUCCAGGAGAGAUUGUUAAAUUGAAAGAUGGAAAAAUACCCGUUAAAGGGUACGCUUGGUCUGGAGGCGGUAAAAAAAUUAUUCGUAUUGACUUGACAGUAGAUCAAGGAAAAACUUGGCACGUAGCGCAUCAAUUGAUAGACGAUGAAAAUGCCAAAGAAGGUCGUCAUUGGUCAUGGACACUUUGGUCCGCUGAAAUUCCUAUUGACGUUGAUAAAAAUGAAGUUGAAGUUUGGGUUAAGGCUGUUGAUGCUUCUUAUAACGUUCAGCCAGAAAGUUUUGAAAAUAUUUGGAAUUUACGCGGUCUUCUUUGCAAUGCAUAUCAUCGAGUUAAUGUUAAAGUUAAAAAAUAA